AUGGUUAUAUUGUACACUUGCGUGGUGAUGGACAGGAAGAUCAUUGCAGAGUAUCCGACCGGUAAGAAGGAUAUGAUGCAACUCAUCAACAAUUUGUUGGAAUACAUUCCUAACCGUGAGCACAAGAAAUCACUGAAUUAUGAGAGUAAAUCGCUUCGUGUACACUAUGAAUGUUCGGAUGAAGAUGAAAAGGAGCCAACGCAUCGCUAUUUUACAGUGAUCUCAGUCACAGAUGAAAUGACACCCUAUCGUGUUGUUUUUGGAUUGAAGAGUGGAUUUUUCAAGGAUAUUCAAAAAGAAGUUCGUCAAAAGUACACCAAAGGAAAUCGAAAUCAAAAGAAUUCCAUGUUAAGAUCAUUUAUUCAACAGAAAAUGACAGAAUGGAAUGAUCCAAACAAAGACAAAUUGACACAUUUGGGAUAUGAAAUCUCCAAGAACAAAUCUAAAAUGAUUGACAACAUUGACAAAAUUCUUCAAAAUCAUGAAAGAAUGGACUCAUUAAUCGAUAGAACUUCUCUAUUGGUAGAUAAUUCUGAUCAUUUCCAAAAGCAAGCGAAAAAGUUGAAAAACGUCAUGAUUUGGAACAAUAUCAAAAUAUUCCUCAUAUUAAUUGGAGUUCUUGCAGUCAUUGCAUUCAUUGGUAUUUGGCUAGGCUGUGGAUUCCCUGACUUUAAACGUUGUUCUGUGGGUACUAGUCAACCAGCCUCAACUGAUGUUAUCUAA